AAUAUAAUGACGUUCAUCUUUUCCCUCAAAGGCAGAGUCCUGAAAUGGGGAAGAAGCUCAAAAUUUCUUCAUUAAUAAAUAAUCUCGUACAAUUAUAUAUAUAGGCGAUCCCAACAAUGAGCCCAGCAUGCAAGCAGCUUGCUCGGAUUUCUCACAAUGUCAUUUCCUCGAAACUUCAUUUCCACCCAAGAUCGUUAAGCAGUCAGGGAGCUAUAUGCAGGCUUGGCGCACCGCCGCAGCGACAUAGCGACAAUGCAAUUUCUAAGCCAAUGCAACAAAGGAGGCCAUACCACGACACAACGUCAUUAGCUCGCACUUCUCCCAAGCCUCGAAGUACUUACCGCGGGCCUCAAUCGCAGGAGGAUACUCAAACGGACUUUGCAAGACUUGAUGUUCUAGCGGGUACGAACGCCCCCGCUACAGCUAUCGAUGCUUGUCUCGACGAUGGGUUCCACCUUAGCAGUGGAUUGAAGAUCACCGGCGGAAGUGGCUGUAUGUUGGUCGCAGGAGAGGCGUUUGUUUGGAGACCAUGGGAAGCGAACGAUGGCACCGAUGGUGAGAGAAGAGGUAGUCUCAUAAAUCGUAAAGGGCAAUGGCAUGCUUCUAAAAGCGCGUGGGGGAUUUUAGAUUUGAUUUGGCCGAAGCCAGAUCUCCUAAUUUUGGGUUUGGGUGCUACGAUGCGACCAAUAACUCCCGAGACGAAAAGCUUUAUUCAGUCGCUCGGCAUUAGGGUUGAAAUCCAAGAUACUCGGAAUGCUGCUGCUCAAUUUAAUUUGCUCGCAACAGAACGAGGAGUUGGCAAUGUUGCAGCAGCGCUCAUCCCUCUAGGUUGGAAGGAGCCAUGCUGAUAUCUCCGUAUCUUGUAUUUUUGCUUUGAUGCCUAAAUUCGUCCAGCAGCCCAAGUCUCGAACUACAUGAGCAUUAAAGAUUUACAGUACGGUGCGUUUUCAUGGUAUGGGGAGGACCGUACGUAGAUGAGAAUGCGCAAAUAUCACGGCUUAACUGAACGUACCUUACAUUUCAAAAGAAAAGAUGUCUAUACUGCUC